AUGCGUCUCACCUACGCCGGCUGCAACCUGUUUGGGCAGGUGCCCACGUCGCGGGAACUAGCAAUCGAUCACUUUCAAGAGUUACCUCUGGAAGAUGACCUCAUUGACAUUGCACUUGGGCAUUCGAUUACGGUGUACCUGAAAAAAGAUGGGUUGUACUUUCAUGGGCAUGGGUUACAACCUCGGGUGACCCAUCAAAUUACCAAAAUGGAUGUACCUACCCAAGCAAAGAUCAAGUUGGUGAAGACUUGUGAUACCAGCGUACUUGUACUGGACGAUGAGGGUAGGUUGUUUGUUUUGGAUUUUCUGGCGAAAAAUCCAGGAUUUACUAUACGCCUAUUGAAGAGAAGUGACGCUGGAAUGAUUGAUAAAGUGGUUGACUUUGCUUCGGGUUCCACUAUCAAUGUAGGGUUAACGCAGACAGGGAUGCUUUAUAAUUUCCCCGUGAGGUUGGAUUUUAGAUUGGAGGAAAACGUUAAAGUGAAAAAAAUGACAGCUGGGUACGAACAUGUUGUCAUUUUGGACACAGCUGGUAAUGUUUACAGUUUUGGUAACGGAAGACGCGGUCAACUCGGCAAUGGUAUCUUAGAGAUCCAAGAAACCCCUCGAAAAAUACAGGUGCUUGAAGGAAUAUUCAUUACGGAUGUUAGCACCGGUGGUUGGCAUUCGAUGGCCCUGAGUCGUGACGGCGACGUGUAUAUUUGGGGCUGGAAUGGUGAUGGUCAAAUUGGACUCUUUGACGAUCACAAUGAUCCGCUUGGGGUGGUGUCGAUUCCUCAGUAUUUGCCGUUACCAGGGGAAAAUCUAAAUGUUGCUCAUAUUGCCGCGGGAGGACGACACUCCAUAUGCAUUACGAGUGAUCAAAUUGUUUUCGCAUAUGGAUGUAACAAAUUCAAUCAAUUGGGUCUUCCUGACUUUGAAAUGGUCGUCAACAAACCCACCAAGGUUUACGAAAUUUCUAAAGAAAAGAAAGUUCUCAGGGUGGAAGCUGGGCCAUCAUCAACAGUGAUAAUCACAGAUGAAGCAUAAUAUUUGUCUGAGUUUUGUAUUUAUUGUUAUAUUUCUCCGUGUUACUACAUUUUACCUCGAAUUAACGUACAAAUUUUUAUGAAGUCAAUCUUUAUCAGUGCACAAGUUUGCAAUUUAAGAAAUACAGUAAAUUUCAUUCUAUGUUGAAUAAAUAUUAAUGCUGUGUAUUAAUAACACUUUGUAUAUUGAAGUUUA